CAUCAUCGAAACGCUGUCGUUUUUCGAACCCAUUCCUUAAAGGACGUUAUCUUCUUAGACGACGGAGACAACCGGGCAAAAAUUAGGGUUUCACAUUUUUCAGUGGCUCGCCGCCUCCUCUUCCUCCUCAAAGUCAUUUCCUUUCCUGUUGGGUUUUCUCAAUUAGGGGUCUUUUCUAUCUCCUCUAUACACUGAUUUGUACAUAAUAAAAGAAAUGGAAUUCCUCUUGUAUCCUGUAAUGGCGGACUGAAUCAACUGCAAAUCGUGAGUUCGUCACUUGCUUAAUUUCUCUUUCAAGCUUGCUUAAAAUGGAAAUACGAUUGAGCGACAAAAGCUCAUAGGAAACAAAAGCUAUCAAUCGAGAUCAUUGAUUGCAGAGGAGCCUCCAAAAAAACAGUAAAUCAAAUCCAGGGAUUUAGUUUAGCGAGAAGCCUUAAGUUGAACAUGGGAGCUCUUGCUCAGGUUGUUCCGUGGAUACCCGAAGACGACCUUCUGCUAAAGAACGCCAUAGAGGCUGGUGCAUCUUUGGAAUCACUUGCUAAAGGCGCUGUACAGUUUUCUAGAAGAUUUUCUAUCAGAGAACUGCAAGAUCGAUGGCAUGCUCUCCUAUAUGAUCCAGUAGUUUCUGCAGAGGCGUCUUUUCGGAUGACUGAACUUGAACGUACUAACCCUAAUUUUCCUACAAAGUUUGCUAGAACUGGAUAUUCAAAAGAAAACAAAAGUUCAUCAAGGAAGAGGAAGGCUGAAAAGCUCAGAACUACUUAUCAUUCCUUGCGGAAGAAAUUUCGCACUGAGUCAUUCAAUUCCUUGGAUCUAGGUUUUCUUGUUCCACCAAGUGACAGCCAUUUCAUGGAUAAUGGUGAUGCAACACAUCUUGGUCUUGAAGACUCUCACAUGGAUAUUAUCCACAAUGCGUUCCCAGAAAUCUUGGCUGAUGACGAUUGCGUGACAAAUCAUGUUGUGUCAGAAAAUAAUGUACAUGGAAACAUCUCCUACACAGGAGGAGAAAAUCUCACAUUCACUGAACAUGUAGGUCCUUCUGAAUGUGAUGCUGUUCAUCAAGAUUCCAAGCAGAAACUAGAACUUUCUGCUCAUGAGCCGAAAACCACAAUGACGAGCACUGAUUGUUUCCUGGCACAGCUUUCAACUUCUCUUUUGGAAGACGAGGAACCGUUCAUGGAAGUAGAUGGCAAAGAAGUUGACAAGUUGUAUUAUGAUGGUCUUAGCUCACUGUUGGUAAAUUCGACAAAUGAUACAAAUAACGGGGCUUUGCCUCUUUCUACCGAGCAAGAUCCUUCCGGCACCCAAACGCAUCCAGUAGAUGAUCAUGUGAUACCUGAGCUAGGUGGUACAAGUGCAAUGAGGUCUGACUCAUCUGAUUUAGAUCCUCAUCCUGAGAUUGUUGGUGGUGUUAUCUGCUGUGUAUUAAACCAAGAGGAUCCUGAUAUUCCGUGUAAUGAUGACAUUUUUCUGACCAACAACUGCCAUCCUAUGUCAGUUUCUUCCUUAGCCAGGCGGAACUUUAAAGAUACAAAUAAUCCAAUAACUUCAUGUGUUAGAGAUCUCUCUGCCACUAGGGAAAAAAGUGAGGGGUAUUCACUCCAGACACAAAAGAAGAUACCAGGACGUUUGCAAUUGUCUUCUCAAGGAAAGCCAGUGAUAGGUCAACCAAGUCAAGGUAUCAAAUUCAGGGCAUUGACUAGUCCUGAGUCACAUAAUACUGUUGCUCCUGGUGGUCCUACUGGUUCUGCACAGGCAUGCUCAAACAAUCUGCUUUCUGACGGUGUUGGUGUAAAAGACGGAAACAACGGGAUAACCGGAGGAAAACUCAUCGUCGGAUUUGAUAGUCACGGGUGCUACCCCGAGAAGGAUAGUGGAAACAGUAAAGAGGAAAAAGGUGUACUACCUCUAAAUGAAGUGUCACAUGCAAAAGAUGCUGAUAUUGGGUUGAUAGAGAUUUCGGACCCUGAGCUGGAAAUCACUCAAACAGAAGCAGACGGGCAUGUUUGUGAGAGUGACGAGGACUUGCCAAAUUACUCUGACAUUGAGGCUAUGAUACUUGACAUGGACUUGGAUCCUGAUGACCAAGAUAAUUUUGAUCUUGAAGUCUCCAAGUAUCAGAGCCAAGACAUGAAAAGAACAAUUAUAAGACUUGAACAGGCUGCUUAUUCAUAUAUGCAAAGAGCCAUUGCUUCCCGUGGUGCAUUCGCUGUUUUAUAUGGUAGAUAUUCAAAACACUACAUCAAGAAGCCUGAGGUUUUGGUUGGUAGAUCAACAGAAGAUCUCGCGGUGGACAUUGAUUUGGGAAGAGAAAAGCGGGGCAGCAAAAUAUCUCGACGCCAGGCGAUCAUACGGUUGGGUGAUGAUGGGUGGUUUCAUAUGAAAAACCUUGGGAAGUAUUCAAUCUCAGUAAAUGAGAAGGAAGUAGAUCCUGGACAGACUUUAAUCCUAAAAUCUGAUUGUCUGGUUGAGAUACGAGGAAUGCCUUUUAUAUUUGAGACAAACCAAAGUCGCGUGAAAGAGUACUUGAAGAGAAGAGGGAAAGGGGAUUGAGAUCAGAACGAGAGUGAAGUGUUCAUUGUGAAUUCGCUUGUGUAGUUGUAUCUCUUGUUUAAUGUUACCUUAACAACAGGGAACAUGUCUUGAUAGAUCUUUCAUUAACGUCUUUAGUUUCGCAGCAUGCAUAGUUGACCCAGUUUUAAGCGUUAGAAUAAUUAAAAAUACAUGUUUGUUUGAAUCAA